CUAUCGGCUGAGAAGGCUCUUUUGAAAAACUAUCCUGACGGUGGUUUUAUAUACAACACAAAUGGAUCUUUUUCUGAUGGUCAACAAUAUUGUUGUAAAGACUAUCCAUUAUGUAAUCUGUUUUAUGACAUUUAUCCAUCUGACACCUGUUCAAAGUAUCAAGUUCCAGGGACUGUAUUUGUGUUAGACCCCUUGGUUUUCAAGAUGAUAAACAAGAAGUGGUAUAGUUUUUAUGGUGCAGGAGAAUAUACGUUAUUAACGGUUAAAGCUCCAGGGUUUGACACAAGUGUUACAAUUCAAGCACGUGUAGAAAUGGAAGACAAUGACCAAUUCUCAAAAAUACCAGUCUACACAGCCUUUGCUAUCAAGUCUGAAAAUGCAGUUUUGGAAAUAAGUGAUAAAGGAAAUGUGAUGAUUGAGAAUAAUACUGACAACAUAUUUGAAAAAGAAAACAACACCAUCUUCUUUAACAACAUGCAUUUAGAGAUUAUUUCUGUUAAUGAUUCCAUGGGAAUAAUUUUGACCCUUCCACACUAUUUACAACAACCACAUUUAUUAUCUGGUUUACUAAUUGGAAAGAUGCCAAAUGGACAAGCGAUUGAUCCCUCAUCGGAAAGGGAUGUGUAUAUAAUGUGGGAAGCUUGUCGAGGGAAAGAAAAAGAUUCUCUUUUAAAUUACACACAUAAGAAUUACAGCAGCUUUAAUUCCUACAGUAUCUCAGAAAACCAGUUUAUUGAAAUUCUUAGUAACCUUUCCAAUUUGGUUAACAGUACUAACACUUCAUGUCAAGACAAUGAUAUGUUUUGCAUCUGUGCUGCUGUUCUGCACAAACCUAACCUUGCUAACCACACUAUGCUAUAUAAGCCAGAAUAUUUUGAAAGAAUCGAAAAUUUUCCUUCAUUUCUACAAGAUACAAUGAAUGAAUUGUAUUUGACAUCAGGAAAUAAUACAAUCCUUUUGGAAGCAGCCGAUCGCAAUAAUGAUAGCAUCAAUCUUGAAAUUGAUGUAAACGAUGUUAAAAAGACAUUUGAUAGUAGUAAUUUGAAUUGGACCCUAAAUCUAGAUGGUACACCAAAAAAGUUGAAAGUUUGGGCAAAGGAUAGUCGUGGUGCUACAUCCUUAUACUGGCCAGAGAUAUUUUUCUGCACGUGUAAGGGAAAUGGAAUCUGUAAAAAACAAAGCAAAUCAGAACGGAUGGUUUCUGCAAAAAAUCCAAUACGAUGGACAGAGCAGUAG